CAUUGUACGCGCAUGUGUGUUUGUGUGUGUUUGCAAGAAAAUAGCGUUGGAGUAGAUUGAAAUGAAAUAAUUAACCUGGCUUACUUAGCUGAAAGAUCGUAAUUUAUUAUUUUAUAGAGUGACAUAAAACUUACGUGCACAAUUUAAUAUUAAACUAUGGCCUUUGUUUUCAAUAGCACAGCCCAGGCGAGCGGUUUUGAUACAAUUUUUUCUUGGAAUAUUAACAGCGUUUAUGACUGAAAACAGUCAUAUAAAUAGAUGUCAUACAACGUGUUUAACAAAGCACAAUGUGCAUCAUCUGUUUAGUUGCAUUUCUGUUUUGCAUAACAGCCGUACAAUGUUCCUCCUCCAACACCUCCAAGCUGAUAGAAGAUUCCGGCCAGAGCUUCAUGGAGAGGAUGAACAAGGGAAAAACAUCCUUCAUUUACUUUGGAAAUGAUGUCAAUCCAACCAUCAAACAGUUCCUGGAUCAGCUGGAGAUGUCUGCAGAUGCCCUGGAGGACUAUGGGAUAUCUGUUGCAAAGGUGAACUGUUCAAAGGAAGCUAUAGCCUCUUACUGCACAGGUGAAAAGCUGAUGACAAAGGCAUAUUUAUUCAGAGCUUCUGAGGUUCUAAGGAGCUUUGACAUUGAUACGGUGUUUGACGUCAAUGCAAUCGUUUCUCACGUUCUGUUCACUGUUCUGUUCAAUGAGGUGCAGUAUGUCCACACACCACCUGAGCUUCUGGUGGUGGAGAACACAGCCAAACAAAUGAGAGAUGUUGUGGUUGGUCACAUACCAGUACUUGGGCUUCCAGAGCACCGGGCUUUAAUGGAGGCAGCGUUUGUGUAUGGAAGCAAGUAUCAGUUUGUUCAGACGACUGGAGCUCCGAUCUUGAAACACAUGGGGGUUGAUGAUCUCUCCUCUUCCCAUACACGUCUUUGGUUUCUGCACUGUAAAGAUGUGUCCAACCAGAUAGAUCGGUGCCCGUGCACUCCCAUGAGGAAACCACUCGACACCAUCAACAUACACGCAUUCCUCCAGCUGAUGGAGGCACCACUCAUAACAGAGACAACUGCUGACCCUUCUGAGGUAGACGUGAUUCAUAACCAUCUCAGUGUUCCCGUGCUCUAUUUGUUCUCUCAGCCCCAAACUAAGCACCUGGACAGGGUCACCGCUCAAACUGUGGCCCUGCAGCUUCGCGGAGAGGUCGGCGUUGUGCUCGUUCAUCGGGACAGUGCUAAUGUUAAAACUCCAUUGCAAUACAAUGCUGCCUACCAGCUUCCACAGGAGGAUGUGAAAUACAUUACUGUGAAUAGUGCCGAAGAGAUUGUGAAACAUUUUAAAGAAGAACUGGUACAAGAAAACAAGAUGAUAGAAGAUGAAGAAGAAAAUGAGGAACAUUGGUCCGACCUCGAUAUCCUUGAUGAUGAGGUAUCCGAGUCUGUGUACAGAGACCGAGAUCUUAUGUUGGAUCUCGAGUCUGUUACAGAGCUCACAUCAGACUCAUUUCAAUCUGCGGUCACACAAAAUGAAAUCACGGUGGUGCUGUUUUAUUAUAAAUGGGAUGCUGUGUGCAUGGCUUUCAUGCAUACAUACAUUGAAGUGGCUGAUGCACUUGAAGGUGUCAAUGGGUUGGUGUUAGCAGCGGUAGAUUGUGGAGAAUGGACCGAUGUCUGUGGUGAUCAGAAUGUCACGUCCUUCCCCAUUAUUAUGAUCUACCGGCCCAUAGAGGCCCCUCGGGUAUACAGAGGCAUGCUGGGAACCAACAGCCUACAGAAGUUUAUACUGCUGAGUCUAAUCUCAGGUCCUGUCUCUCUCUCCUCCUCGGCUGAGGUGUUGUCCUUUUUCGAGGGAGAUUUAUAUAGAAAACACGCAGAUUUGUCUUCGAUCAGAGUGCUGGGCUUGUUUACUUCUGUACAAGAUGCCGGUGUUGCUGCAUUUGAAGAAGCUGCAAAACUCCUCAGGGGAGAGACAAUUAUUGGCAUUUUUGCACACAAAGAGGCAGAGAAAUGGGUGGAGGGGCUGUCGGUGAACCUGCCUGCUUUACUGGUGUCCCGUGGCCCUCAAGUUUCUCGUGAGGCUUAUUAUCUUCCAUCUUCAUCAGCAAAAGACCUCGUCUCGUUUAUCCAGAGAGCAGUUUUGGAUCCUUUUCCUGAACUGACAGUGGAGAAUCUGCCCUGGCAUUUGCAGCUUGGAAAACCCUUGUUAUUGCUGUUCGUUGGAAAGUACGACAACACAGAGAGUACAACAUCUUUAGCAGAGAUGAAACAUCUGCUAAGCUCAGGACAGCUGCAUUCCUUCCUACCCUGCUGGAUUCAUCUUGGUCGGACACCCAUUGGGAGGUCGGUCUUGGAAAAGUUUUUUGGGUUUGUACCUCCACUUCCAGCUUUGGUGAUAUCACAGUUAGGGGCUGGCGGAGAGGUGUUUCUGUUUCCUACAGGGCGCCCCCUAAAGGCUGAAAACAUUCUGCAGUGGCUGCGCGCUGUGGAGAAGAGAGAUGAACACCCAGCAGGUGUGAUACCUGACAAAGAAUGGGGGCCUUCAGUUUCAUUUUAUGACUUUUUGGCAAUAAUGGACCAAGAAGCACCGGGUUAUGCAUCUCAGAGGGGUCCUAAAAUGAAGACUGGGUCCAAAGAAAGCCACAGAGAGCAGAAGGACAAGAGUUCAAAUCAAAGACAAACAACACAUUCGUCAUCAAGCCCCCAUAAACCUCACGAACACUCAGAACUGUAGAGUCAAAGCAGACUCUGUCGAGAACUUGACUCAUAUUGAAGUGAUGUGUAAGCAUUUCACAUUCAGACUGACUGUUUGAUAUCUGACAUCUGUGUCUUAGGUGCUGCCCAUGUUUCUAAUGACGUUUUCCGAAAUAUGGACACGUGUGUGUGUAUUUGAAUGCCGAUGGUUUGUUGUUUUCAUUUUCCAAUCCAUAUCAUCUUUUUAUUAUUAGUAUUAUUAUUAUUAGUCCAGUUUUCUGUAUUUUUUAUAAUUAAAUUCAAAAUGUUCUUUGUAUACACAAAAGUUUGAUGGAAAUUGACAUGGACUUUGUACAAAUUUAAGGAGUAGUACACCCAAUAAUAAACAUUCUCUUAUAAUUUACUCACCCAUCUCUAUCCCAGAUGACUUUAUUUCUUCAAAGCUGGAUGUAAACUCUACAAAACGUUUUAUGUAUGAAUGAACCCAAAUGUUCUCAUGUUUUAAUAAAUUUUCCAUUAUAUACUUUCAUUAAAAAACAAAA